CAGGAGCUAUACUCGAUCCGGAAACACUCACGCAGCAUAUUGAAAUUGGAGGCCAGCCAAUUUUGUUCGGACAUGCACUCGAGCUCCAAGGCAUCGUGUGUGGUGUUAAACCGCACCUGAAGGUGUACAUUUUACCCGGCACCGGCGGUGAUACCGUUAUGCAAGGACUGGACUCUCUCGCUGAACGUCUGCGAGGGUAUUAUAUUCUUGGCGCACGGUUCACGAAAUGGAGAGCUCCAUUCACCAUUGACGCAGAAACUGGGAGACCGACGGCUAUAGCAAUAGAAGCCAACAUGCGUGAUCUAGCGCGUGUGGCACUGAUAUCCCAAGCAGAGGGUAUGGUGCCUAUCGUAGAACCCGACGUAGUAAUGCAAGGCACCCACGAUCUGCCCACGGCCGUGGCCAUCAACACACAAAUACAUGCCACUCUCUACAAAGCCAUGCUUGACCACGGCGUGUACAUGGAGGGGUGUAUACUGAAGACCAAUAUGGUGACGCCUGGGUUGUCCUAUCCUGUCUCCUACACCAAGCAAGAUAUUGCGGCUGCCUGCUUGACGGUACUUAAACGCACCAUGCCGGUGUCUAUAAGGAGUUGCAAUUAUCUCAGUGGCGGCCAAGCACUCCAUGUGGCGUGCGCGCGACUGGGCGCCAUCCAAGCACUGAAAGGUAACUGUCCGUGGAACAUCAGCUUUAGCUGGUCGGCUGCCUUACAGUUGCCUCUUCUGGACCUGUGCAAAGGCACAACACUACAAGACGCGCUGCCCAGCAUGGCGUCUCUCUAUCUCGAGGAACUGCAAUUGGCUUGCGCGGCUUCGAAAGGGAUCAUUCCAGCAGACUUCGAGGAAAGUAUUGGAGGGCACGAGCCCAAGAACUGACCAUCUGCUGGGAGUGGCCCUGUUGGACGACAACAGCCGCCGUUUUAAAUAAAACAAAUCACUCCUCCACCUGCGGUCAGCGCAGUUGUAUGGCACUUUAGCG